ACYUUGUAUUCAUUGUAUCAUGGUUAUAGUAUGUCAUUGUUUUGACUAGUGCAAUAWAKUCAUAACCUAAUAAAUUUAAGCUUAAUAAACAAAACUAAACAGAACGCUAGAAAGAUCCCAAUUAAAUUAUUACAGAUCUAUUUGGAACAUGUCCAAAAGGCUACUUGCUGCUCUUGAAUAUCCGAAUGCCGAUAAUGUAAACUUCUCUGAUGAAAAAACAGUGCAUGACAUUGUGUUGUGGUUAGAGACUAAUAAAAUUAAGAGUGCCAGCCAACAUGUAUAUAAUGGUCUUCAAAAUAAAAACUCCGCUGAUUGGAAAAAAUAUUUCGAGCAGUACAAAGAUUCCAUAGGAUGUCCGGUUCUAGAAUCCCAACUGGAAGAACUGCAAUGGUUGUUAGGAAAAGCUGUCCAAAUAGACACAUCGAAAAAUAAAAAUGUGUACCUAAAGCAUGCAGUGGAAAAUAUCAAAACCUGUAAUGUCCCAAGUGUGGUGGCUGAAAACCCGUUGGAUAAACUUGACUUUAGGAGUGAAGAAUUUUUAAACAGAAUCAACCAAUUGGCUAAAAUUUUGAACAUCACCGCGUAUCCUGAUCCUUUGGUGACUUUGCGUGCUGUACGAAAAGUUAUUUGUUCAAGACUAACACCAGAGUGUGUCGAAAAUCCUAGUAGCGUAAUUGUGGAAGGUACACCAUUUCCUUUUCAAGAAACUGAUUUGGGCUUUGAUCUAAAAGACCCAGUGUUGAACCAAGCCGCAAAAGUUUUAAGAAUGCUUUAUAUCCAUGACCUCAGAGAUCUGCAGACCAAAUCCAAUGAAUUGAUCGUAGCUGUUCAAAAUGUUACUGCUAAUCCAAAAACGGACGCUAAAUUGGGACAAGUCGGACGAUAAGAAGAUGGAGAUAUUCGUUUGUUUCUCAAAAUUGGAACUUUAAUACAACCUUUGUCUACUGUCAACUGUAUUUCACAUUAUAUCUGUUCUUGAUUGAUAUUUACAUAUAUAUUGACAGAAAGUCGUAAUAAUUUAAUAAAUAAUGAGUAUUUAUACAGCUCCUGAAGAUCGAAA